UCUGGAGAUUAGGGAUUUAAGGGGUUUUGAAUGGAUAGAAGGGAUUUGAGGUGAAGAAAGUUAUGAAUGUGUUAAGGUGUAUAUAUAGACAAAAAUAAGCGAUUUUAAGAUUAUUAAAAGAUUGGGGUCUGGAGCAUUUAGUGAUGUUUAUAAGGUCAAGAAGAUUGCAGGAGCUGAUAUGUCAUCAGAAUUUUAUGCUCUGAAGAAGGUAAAACUUGAUGAGCUAGGAGAGACAGAGAAGCAGAAUGCCUUAAAUGAGGUUAGAAUUCUUGCUUCAUUAGAACAUGAUAAUAUUAUUGCUUAUAAAGACGCUUUUAUUGAUCAUAAAGAAAAUGUUCUUUACAUAGUUAUGGAGUUUGCUGAGAAAGGAGAUCUACAGUCUAUUAUUACAAAGAAUAAGAAGAGCACUAUACUAACUGAAGACCGGAUAUGGAGUUAUACUAUUCAAAUGGUUAGAGGACUCUAUGCACUUCACCAACAAGGCAUUGGCCAUAGAGAUCUAAAACCAGCCAAUGUGUUUAUCACCCAGGAUGGAGUCUUGAAAUUAGGUGAUAUGAAUGUUUCAAAAAUUGCUCAGUGAGGAUUAAUGAAAACCCAAACAGGCACUCCUUAUUAUUGAGCUCCUGAAAUUUGGAAAGGACAACAAUAUGAUUUCAAAAGUGAUAUUUGGAGCUUAGGAUGUGUAGUCUAUGAAAUGGCCAUGAAGAAGCCUCCAUUUACGGCUUUGAAUAUUCAAGAGCUAUCUCAUAAGGCUUGUAAAGGUAUCUUUCCAGCUUUAACUUCCGCAUUUUCGACAACUUUGAGAGACCUGGUUAAGAACAUGUUGAAGGUUAUGCCUACACAGAGAUUGUCCUCUUCAGAUAUUAUGGAAAUGGAAGAGCUUGAAACUAAACUAACAAAUACCUGUAAAAAUCUAGACCCUGAGAGUAAAAAUCAUGGAUUAUUAGGUACAAUUAAAAUGCCUAAAAAGCUUCAAGAUCUUGCUGGAAGACUUCCUCGACCAAAAUAUUCAAAGUUAGGCCUCAAAAGGAUGAAUAGUGAGCCUUGUCGGCUCCCUUCAGUGAAUAGUAGAUCAAGAGCUGGAUCUGCCUCUUCCAGGAAGAAGUGGGACUUUGAAAAAUCUGAGAUGAACAAAUUCAUUCCUAAAAGUGUAGUUAGCUCAAAGAAGUUAGAGAAAGACUUCCACCUGAUGAAGCAACAGCCUCAUUCUGGAAGAUAUUUUAGACAAGACAGUAUUGAUAGAAGAGUCCUACAAAGAGCAGCUAGUAAUCUUGUAUCAAGAGGGAACAGCAGAAGGUCUAUUGAUAUCAGCAAAAGAAGUGACUCAAAUAAUUCAAGAAGACACGAAGAACAGAAAGCUCCAGUUGAGAGAAGAAGGUGGGGCAUGCCUCCUAUUGCUUCAAAGCAGCCAUCAGGAAUGAGCAAUCAGCAGCCAAGCAAACCACCUCUCGCAAUGGGAAGACCUCCACUUCAAAAUAUGAAUAUGAAUUCUAACAGCAGAGUAGGAUAUGGAAGCAAUCAGCCUUGAUACAACAGAAGGGAUAACUACCAUAUGGGAAGCUAUGCAAGAGGAAGUCCAAGAGGUAACAGUCCUGGUCUCUUCAGGUUUCAGUAGAGUGACAUUGUUG